GUUAGCAGGCUAAUCCAGUGCAGAGGUAAAAAGCUAGUGAAGGUUGGAAUCGGUCACUCAAGAGAGCUUCUCAUUUCCAUCAACUAUUUAUAUCUUUUUUCGGGAGAAGCAAUAUGGCUUCGGGUGGAGAAUCCAAAAAUGACGAUCUUUCCACUGCCAUUCUGAAGCAGAAGAACAGGCCAAAUAGGUUGAUUGUUGAUGAAUCCAUCAAUGAAGACAACAGUGUUGUGUCUCUCUCUCAGGCAAAGAUGGAUGAGCUCCAGCUCUUUAGGGGGGACACAGUGCUGAUGAAGGGCAAGAAGAGGAGGGAGACCGUUUGCAUCGUCCUGUCUGAUGACACCUGCUCCGAUGAAAAGGUUCGCAUGAACAGGGUGGUCCGCAACAACCUCAGGGUGCGCCUUGGGGAUGUCAUCAGUAUUCAGCCAUGUCCAGAUGUGAAAUAUGGAAAGCGUAUUCACGUUCUGCCCAUCGAUGACACAGUGGAGGGCAUCACUGGCAACCUGUUUGAGGUCUAUCUUAAGCCUUACUUCUUGGAGGCUUACCGACCAAUCCGUAAAGGUGAUAUUUUCCUGGUGAGAGGAGGCAUGCGUGCUGUGGAGUUCAAAGUGGUGGAGACCGACCCCAGCCCAUACUGUAUUGUGGCCCCAGACACAGUGAUCCACUGUGAGGGGGAACCCAUCAAGAGAGAGGUCAUAAAUGGUUCUCAUGUGUUUUCUCAGACUCAUGGUGAGGUAGAGAGGCGCAUUGUGUCUCAGCUGCUCACUCUGAUGGACGGGCUGAAGCAAAGGGCUCAUGUCAUUGUCAUGGCAGCCACUAACAGACCCAACAGCAUUGACCCAGCUCUCAGACGAUUUGGGCGCUUUGACAGAGAGGUGGACAUCGGCAUUCCAGAUGCUACUGGAAGACUUGAGAUACUUCAGAUCCACACCAAGAACAUGAAGCUUGCAGAUGAUGUUGAUCUGGAGCAGGUUGCAAAUGAGACCCAUGGCCAUGUGGGUGCUGAUCUGGCUGCCCUUUGCUCAGAAGCUGCCUUGCAAGCCAUUCGAAAGAAAAUGGACCUCAUUGAUCUGGAGGAUGAGACCAUCGACGCAGAGGUUAUGAACUCCCUGGCUGUAACAAUGGAUGACUUUAGGUGGGCUCUUAGCCAGAGCAACCCAUCUGCCCUGAGAGAGACCAUUGUGGAGGUGCCCAACAUCACCUGGGAGGAUAUCGGUGGCCUUGAUGAUGUCAAGAGAGAGCUGCAGGAGCUGGUGCAGUACCCAGUGGAACAUCCAGACAAAUUCCUUAAGUUUGGCAUGACCCCAUCCAAGGGUGUGCUGUUCUAUGGACCACCAGGUUGUGGUAAAACCCUGCUGGCCAAGGCCAUUGCCAAUGAGUGCCAGGCCAACUUCAUCUCAAUCAAGGGCCCAGAGCUGCUCACCAUGUGGUUUGGAGAAUCAGAGGCUAAUGUCCGUGAGAUCUUUGACAAGGCUCGUCAAGCUGCUCCUUGUGUGCUCUUCUUUGACGAGUUGGACUCCAUUGCUAAGGCUCGUGGUGGAAACGUUGGCGACGGUGGCGGCGCUGCUGACCGAGUCAUUAACCAGAUUCUCACAGAAAUGGAUGGUAUGUCCAGCAAGAAGAACGUCUUCAUCAUUGGGGCCACCAACAGACCAGACAUCAUUGACCCUGCCAUCCUCAGGCCUGGCCGACUGGACCAGCUUAUCUACAUCCCACUGCCUGAUGAGAAGUCUCGCAUUGCCAUUCUCAAAGCUAACCUCAGGAAGUCUCCAAUCUCAAAGGACGUUGAUGUGGACUACUUGGCCAAGAUGACCAAUGGCUUUUCUGGUGCUGACUUGACUGAGAUCUGUCAGAGAGCCUGUAAACUAGCCAUCCGUGAGUCUAUUGAGAACGAGAUCAGACGGGAACGUGAGAGGCAGACUAACCCUUCUGCAAUGGAGGUGGAGGAGGAUGACCCUGUGCCUGAGAUUAGAAAGGACCAUUUCGAGGAAGCCAUGCGCUUUGCCCGCCGCUCCGUCAGCGAUAACGACAUCCGCAAAUACGAGAUGUUCGCACAGACCCUGCAACAGAGCAGAGGCUUUGGCAGUUUCAGAUUCCCGUCCAGUAACCAAGGAGGAAGUGGACCAAGUCAGGGCUCUUCUGGUGGCGGUGGAGGCAACAUCUUCAAUGAGGACAACGAAGAUGAUCUUUAUGGAUAAAUGUGACCACGUGGCUGACUCUCACAGGCCGCUCUUCAUACAGGCCGCCAUGUACAAAAGACAAAAAAUUAAAAAUUCCACAUUUUUAGGACUGUGCUUUUUGUUUAUUAUUUUCCGCUUCUCCUCAUGUCCAUUUCCCCCUGUUUUUUAUUCACCUUGUUCUCCUUCUGUCCACCUCUCCCCUCUGUUGAUAGAGAAAAGCAUGUAGCUGCUUGUGUUUUGCUCUGGUUUGUGAAAGGAUGACUUCUGAGAACUUUAAUCUUAACGUUCUGUGGGUGGGGGUAAAUUUCAGUGAAAACCAUACACGAUAGUGUUUUCAUUACCUUUUCACAAGCUAUACGAGCAGCUUUAGUGGUGGGGUUUAAUGCUAGGCUGUUAGGAUU